AAUUCAUUUUUCCUCUCUAUUUUUUUUUUUAUAAUUUAUUUAUUGAAUCUGUUGAUUAAAACCGACCAUCUUUUCACAGAAACCGCCUAUGGCGACCUUCUUUUGAUCCUCCCAUGGAAAAAAACAGAAGUUUGUUUUGCCAUUAAUGGGGCUUUUUUUCUCAAGAGACCUUUUGAAGCAGGGAAGGAACGGUAGCUGUUUUGGAGUUCUCUCAUGGCUAGUAAAGGGAAUCAGCAUCAAACCCAGCAGCAGCAGCAGCAGCAGCAAGAACAGCAUCAGAUUUCUUAUGGGAUGAUUCAGUCGCCAUCCUUCAUGCCAGGAAAUUUCAUCAGUAGUAAGGAGGCUGGAGCUUAUGACUUGGGCGAAUUAGAUCAGGCUCUUUUCUUGUAUUUGGAAGGGCAAGAUCAUCCAUCAGUUCAAGAACAAAGACAGAACUCAGGAAUCAGGCCUCCUACUUUGAAUAUCUUCCCAUCUGAGCCCAUGCAUGUAGAGCCACCUGCCAAGGUGGGUUUAGGUUUCGUUUCUCCAACAAGCAGUGGUUCUAAGAGAGCAUCAGAGGCUUCCAUGGAAAUAGCCAAUCCAAGAAAUGAUCCGGCAUCUGGCGCUCAACCAGGGAAAGACACCAAAGUAGGAGUCAAGCGUGAAGUACGCAGAAAGGGCCCAACAUCUAGUUCGGAGCAUGAAGGACCUAAAACACCAGAUCCCAAGACAUUGAGAAGACUUGCUCAGAAUAGAGAGGCAGCUCGGAAAAGCAGGCUGAGGAAAAAGGCUUAUGUUCAGCAGCUAGAGUCUAGUAGGAUUAAGCUAACUCAGAUAGAACAGGAGCUUCAAAGGGCUCGAUCUCAGGGUGUGUUUUUCGGUGGCGGAGCCCUCAUGGGAGAACAAGGCCUCAGUAACGGCCUCAAUGGUCUGAGCUCAGAGGCUGCUGUCUUCGACAUGGAGUACACGAGGUGGCUCGAGGAGCACCAUCGCAUCAUGUGUGAGCUCCGCGCAGCAGUGCAAGAACACCUGCAGGAAAAUGAGCUGAGGAUCUUCGUCGACAAUUGCCUCGCCCACUACGACCAGAUGCUGAGCUUGAAAAGCAUGGUGGUGAAAUCCGACGUCUUUCAUCUCGUAUCAGGAAUGUGGAAGACACCAGCUGAACGGUGCUUCAUGUGGAUUGGCGGCUUCCGGCCAUCGGAUCUUAUCAAGAUUAUAUUGAGCCACAUAGAACCAUUAACGGAGCAGCAGAUAUUGGGGAUAUGUAGUCUGCAGCAGUCGACACAAGAGGCCGAGGAUGCACUAACACAAGGACUUGAAGCUCUCCACCAGUCUCUCUCAGAUACCAUUGCUUCAGAUGCGUUGAGCUAUCCCUCUAACAUGGGCAACUACAUGGGACAGAUGGCCCUUGCCAUCAACAAGCUCUCAACCCUUGAAGGGUUCGUCAGACAGGCAGACAAUCUGAGGCACCAAACGCUACAUCGUCUAAACCACAUCCUGACCACACGCCAGGCUGCCCGCUGCUGUUUGGCCAUCGCUGAGUACUUUCACAGGCUCCGAGCACUCAGCUCUCUCUGGUUAGCUCGCCCAAGACAGGAUUAACACCCGCCAAUACGAAAGAGAGGAUCUACCACUUUCUUCUUCUUCUUUUUCUUCUUCUUUUUCUUUUUUCUUCCGAUAUAGAUUUAGAUAUCGCUUGACUCUUUUUUAGAGAGAGAUGUAUAGAUAAAUGUAGUUCUAAUUGCUGAAAGAUGGCUUUAUCUGUCUCUCCAUAGAUGAAUGAUUAGUUUAGAAAUAA